CUUCUAUCUGUGAUUAAGAAGCCAACAUGCCUGGCCUCACCAUUGGAGACUCCCUUCCAAACCUUCAAGUCGAUACCACUCAUGGAGCCAUUAAGCUCCAUGAUUAUGUUGCUGAUUCCUUCACCAUCAUCUUCUCUCACCCUGGUGAUUUCACCCCGGUUUGCACGACGGAGCUUGGCGCGAUGGCUGCAUAUGCCCACAAGUUUAAGGAAAGGGGCGUGAAGCUGUUGGGGUUAUCUUGUGAUGAUGUUCAGUCCCACAAGGAAUGGAUCAAAGACAUCGAAGCCUAUAACAAUGGGAAGAAGGUGACGUACCCAAUCGCUGCUGACCCAACAAGGGAGAUCAUCAAGCAGCUUAACAUGGUGGAUCCAGAUGAAAGAGACUCUUCUGGAGACAUCGUCCCAUCUCGUGCCUUGCACAUUGUUGGACCAGACAAGAAGAUCAAGUUGAGCUUUCUGUAUCCGGCAAGCACCGGGAGGAACCUGGAUGAGGUGAUCAGAGUGGUGGACUCAUUGCUGAAGGCUUCGAAGCACAAAAUAGCGACACCAGCAAACUGGAAGGACGGUGAAGAGGUGGUGAUCGCUCCGAGUGUUUCUAACGAUGAAGCUCGAAAGCUGUUCCCCGGUGGUUUCAAGACAGCUGAUCUUCCAUCCAAGAAGGAUUAUAUACGUUUUACUCAUGUUUAGUAGCUUAAUAUAUAUAUGUAUGUAUGCAGCUAUUACAUAUAUAAAUGACCAUCUGAUGUUGGUCGGGAGUGUCUGUGUCUUUACUGUGUUAAAGAAUGAGUAUACAUGAAUGAAGAUGAAUAAUAAAAUA